AUGAGUCAAUCAGACGUGCCACGAAAGCUGCAAACAAUAUCGCAAACGCUCAUCCCCAAGACCAAUCUCGUCCAGCCACCCAAGAAAGCUCAAGAUUCGCAGCUUACCGCGACAAUCGCAGACCUACACGUCCAUCCUACCAUCGAAGCACUGUUGCAUAUCGCAAACCAUGACUUGAAUUCUGCGCACUUCCUAGUCCGGCACAUGCAGGCUCCGCCAGCUGUGGAGGGGAUGCUACUACACGGUAUCUUGCACCGCGCGGAGGGAGACUUCAACAACGCAAGAGCAUGGAUAAGUGACGUCGCAGAUGCAUGUGAAGGCUACCAACCUAAGCACAAAGAAGAUGGGCAGGAACUGGAGGCUGAAGUUGCGAAACAAGUUGGUAGCAACUCUUCUAUUUCGUCUUCCUUGAUCAAAUUCGUCUAUGGCGAUGAGGAGCCUAAGAGUUUGAUCGACGCCGUUGAGCAAUUUCGAAGCAAGAAGAAGAUUGAGAGGACGGGUGACGAGGAGGGAAUCGAGAAGAGGAUAAGAGACGAGGCGGAGAAGGUGCUGGAGUGGUGUAAGAAUAAGUUUGGGGAUGGGGUGUGGGAGGAUGCGACGAAGGCUUGGGUCAAGAAUAGUGAGGAGAUUAGCAAGAUCAGUGGGGAUAUGGUUAGUGGUGGUAAGGGACAUAGGGAAUUCUGA